AGGUACAACAAGAUUUUUGGCCGAAGCACGACAUCGAAGAUUAACACAGGAGAGAGAGAGCUUUCACGUCUCUCUACUUAUUGUAUGUCAAUUAAUUAUCUUCUCGUUUGAUUGACGUUGGAUUAAAAUUCCAAGGAGACUGGUGAGCUCUGCAGAUUGAAUUGGGCAGGAGAAUCUGCUUGCACCUGAAUUUGUGAGGUGAUCAUGACAACAACCGCCUUCUCGCAUGAGCCAGGCACAGCCAUGGAAUGCCUGAGCAUACCUAUCACCUUAGAGAAGGAGGCUGGUCUUGAUGAGCAUGGAAGACAGGUCCUAAAAUGCGGAUUCAAGAUUGGAGGUGGAAUAGAUCAGGACUUCAUGAAAAGUCCACAGGGCUACACAGACAAUGGGAUUUACUGUACGGAGGUCCAUGAUGGCAGUGCUGCAGCACGAGCUGGGCUCCGUGUCCACGACAAGAUCCUUCAGUGCAAUGGCUAUGACUUCACAAUGGUGACACACAAGAAAGCUGUGGACUACAUUAAGAAGCACCCUGUUCUAAAUCUCCUUGUGGCCCGCAAAGGGGUUACACACUCAUAAACGUUUUCCCCUUAACAGUGUCACACUUUCUGUCAUUCCGUACACAUUAUUGUUAUUCCAUUGUUAAUUCAUCGGGAGAUCACUUGACAUCUUGUGCAUUGUUCUGUUAUUCUUCUCUUUCAUUUGCUUUCAUUGGAUGUGUAACAUGUGCAAUGAUUUUCUCUCUCUCUCUCUCUCUCUCUCUCUCUCUCUCUCUCUCUCUCUCUCUCUCUCUCUCUCUCUCUCUCUCUCUCUCUCUCUCUCUCUCUCUCUCUCUUUUUUUUUUUUUUUUUUUGGGUGUUUUUGUUAUGCAUUCCUCUUCAAUUUUUCUGGUAGUUGUUGAAUGCACUGACUAAAAUAAUUUAAUACAUCAAGGUCACAGGUGAAUCCAUUGAUUUGGUUUGACUUUUAUAUGAUCAAGAAAUAUGUAGAAGACUUAAGAAAGUUACCAACCAAUGGUAAGGUUGCAAAGAAUGCAUUUACAUGUGUAAGGAAUUUUGAUGUUGCCAUGUUAAACUGUUAAGCAAAUAAUUCUAAGUUGUUUUAAGAGGAAUAGCCUUAUCAUAUUUUAUCUGACAGAAAAAGAUUGGGAACAAUACUUGAUUACAAUGAAUAUUUAUAUGAUAACAAAUAAGGAGAAUUUGUUAUAUGCCAAGGGAACUCUGAAGAUAAUGAAAUGCUGUUUAUAUAGGUUGUAUAAAAGAUGGCCAUUUUAACUAGUGCUUACAUUUUUAAUGCUUUUAACUGUUUGAUUUACUUGUACACUGACAACCACGGACAAUGGACAGCUACUUAGUAAACAUAACUCUUAUAUUUUGCUUUGUGUGCAUUAGUCAGUGUGUCUCUUGGUAUUAGAAUUUUUAUUGAGAAUAUCUGUUAUUUCUUCAAUCCUUUUAUGACUAUUAUUAUUAUUAUUAUUAUUGUUAUUAUUAUUAUUAUUAAUUAUUAUUAAUUAUUAUUAAUUAUUAAUUAUUAUUAUUAUGAUGAUGAUGAUGAUGAGUUACUCAGAAUGUCAGUAAUAUGGUUGAUAAUUAGAUUUAAUUAACUAACACAAACAAUAUCCUUUUUAGAAUUUGAAAUCGAAAGUGUUUGGUUCUGCUUUUGGUAAUGCGGAAUGAGACUGAAGCACUCAAGUGUUAGUGUUGCUUUGGCUUUUUUUGUACUCAAUAUGCUUGCAGUGACAUCACCACGUUUUAUAACCACAUGAUGACACUAUGAGAAAUGGAAAACCCAGUGCUUUUGCUUUUUCUGAGUUGCUUUUCUCAAUCACCUCCACAGUUCCUUCAUCAUAACAGGGUGUUCAUUGUUACUGGCUUUUUCAAUUUUCCCACAAAUAUACCCAUACAUCCUACAUCCUCAACAAACGAAUAUUCCACGACAUGAUCAUUCCACAGCAUGAAUUUAGGUGUUGUGCUUCCAGGUUAUGCUAGACAGUGAUUGUAGCUCAGAAUGUGAAUCCACCAAGAGUGUAAAGCCUUAUUAAAUUGUCACAGAUUCAUAUAUAUUUAUGCAGCUAAUAACUGUCUGUAAACCAUUUACUUUAGUGCUGUUAUUAUGAGUAUGAUGAUUUUCCAAAUGUAUUGGUAAUCACUGAAUCUUCUCCAAAAUGUUUGCUCAAUAUCUAACAUACUGAGAAAAGAAAAUCAAUAAAUGAAAGAGAUUUAGGUUCAUAAAAUCAAAUUAUGUUUUUCCUUUUAUAUAGAAUAAGCAUCAAAGCCAAAGUUACUGUGUUAUUGCACAAAAUACAUUGAUAAGGCACAAUAGUCUAAGAAAAUGCCAUUGUAGAAGAGAUAAAUAUGAAUGGCUUCCUUCUCAUAUUAUAAGGUUUAUAGAGAAUGUUGUAGAGAUUAGCCAAGAGUAUUUACUUUUCCCCUUCACAUAAGCAUGAAGAUGAUGGCCGAACAAGAGCAAAUUGUGCCAAUCAAGUUUAUUUUUUCUGAUUCUGAACAUUAUCCAGUCACUUCUCAGAACAGUUCAUAGAUUCGUAUAAGUUCUGUGGAAGGAAAAACUGGGUAAAAAAGAGGAUACACAUUCCGUACUCCUUUAAAGAAAAAUGAAGGAAUUAUUGAAACCAGAAUGCUUUGCUAAAAUGUAAAAUGUUUAUAGACUGGUCAGGUUAUUAUUUUUCUUUAUACGUAUAAUGGUAUUUAAUGAGUCACAGUAUGAUGAAUAAAAUAUAUAUUUUCAUAAGAAGUAUUCUUACUACCUUUUUGUUGAUGUGUUGACUUAUUUUAGAUUACAGAGCUGUACAAAUAUGUGUUUGAGGUUUCCUUAACAGAUGCCUUGAAUUUUUUCUCUAUCUUUUACUUUCAUCCCUCAGCAAAAUUUGUUACAUAAAGUGAUAACUGAGGAAGUAUAAUGUAAUUUUGGGAAGAUGCUGUGUAAUCAAAAUGUUAAUUUCCUGAUUCAGAUUCAAGUCUGAAACCUGAAACACAUUUUUGUCCCAACACACCAAAGGGAAAACUGAAUAUUUAUAAUUUAGCCAAACCGAAUGUUACAUUAUUUUGACCUAAUAGCAUUGUACCUGCAUAAGUGUUUUUCCUAAGAUUAUUUAUAACAAAAUUAUUUUCUUGUUAUCAUAUUUUUACCUGCCUUUUUUUUUUUUUUUAGGCAGAAUGGAGAAUUUUACAUAUACACUAUAAAAUUUUGACAGUGUAAUGAUAGGAAAAUUAAAAUGUACAGGGAGUACCUUGCAAUUAUUGCUAUUUUCCUAUAUUAACCUCCAGCUAGGAAACUAUGAGUCAGAAUAUUUUUCCAAAAAUGUCAAAGUGAAUUUAGAUAUUAUGAGAUGAAAAGAGCUGUUUUUAUUACAUGUAAGUAUAACAACUCACAUAAAGAAUGAUAUUUAGCAUUUACAUGACUGAAUAAUUUAUACUUUAUAUUAUGUGUUUCUUAGUUCAUUAUUAAUGGGACCUAUACACAUGUGAAAGUUUUUAAAAUGUUUGUAAAUCUUGGUGUCAAUAUUUUGCGUCGGUUCACUGCAAGUAAUACAGACACUGAAUAUGUUAUUUAUAUUGAUUAACUGGUUUACAAGAAAGGUUCUCAAUGGGAUUUUUUUCAGCUUGUUUCCUGCCAUUGAUGUUAGACAUAAGGUAAUUUCUCAGAAUCAUGUGUCUGAGAUAGUUUUUGUAUCAUGGUUAAAAUCAAGCAACGUGUGUGUUAUAUAAGAAUCCACUGCUAUAUCAGUCUGUUUUAACAGAUAACUAUUAGUGCUAUAUAAAGUCGUGUAGGAUUUCAAAAGAUUUAGGAUUUUGGUAAAAGUGAAUAAGGAAAAGGAAGUGUCCCAAAUAAUACUCCAAACAGUAUAUAAAGACUGAUAGCAAUAGGAUUAAGAAUAGGUUUAAGAAUAAGACCCAGUUAAAUUCACUUCAUGACAAAAGAUAUCCAUGGCUUCUUUAUAUGUUACACUUAAAAAGAAAUAUUCUUAAUAUAUAACAAACCCAAGUACUGUUAGAUUUGAACAUCUUGGAUGAGUUUGCAUAACCUUUGCCUAACUAUGUGCAAGGCAUGAUUGUUUUAUGUUUUGUCUUUUUUAUAGACAUUUUCCUGUGAUUGUGGACAUAUGAACUUACUAUAAUGUUUUUAAAUUGUUCUACAAAAACUACUGAGUUUACUCCCUAUUUUCUAUGGCUAACUAAGAACUGAAAUGGAGACAAGAUAUUAUCUUUUCUGAUCCAUAACAUAGAUAUGCCAUUUAGACUGUGCUUUCUUAAACAACGUUAAGAAAAGCUCCUCUCAUGCCAGUCUUCAAUAAGCUUGCAAAUGUUUUAACUUAGGUGGUCCAAUCAUUGCUCAUUGGUACAGUGUUAGUGUUUUCCAAACCUAAAUUAACUAUAAAAUUUGAAAAUGAAGUCGUUGGCUCUGUUCAGGCCAACUUUACUUCUGUGUUUGUGCAGCUUUACCAGUAAAAGAAAUUAUAA